AUGAAAGAGAAAAAGAAUUCAUUACAAAUGAUAUUUAAUCAUUCCUAUCUUAGAAGAUUGAUAUUCAAUCAUGUUAGUUCUAUUCACAAACAAUUAGAGAUUACAACUGUUAAAGUAUCAUCACUUUAUACUCUGAUUGAUUAUAUUCGAUAUGGUUUGAAUGAUAUAUUCUUUAAACAUAUAGAUCAACUUUGGAGUUUAAUGUUUGAAUCAUCUGAUGGUAUUUAUAGAAAUAAUGAUAAAAUAAUAAGAAUUAUUUCAUCAACUAUCUAUUAUUCAAAUGAUAGAGUAUUAGAAUACCUUUUGAAUAGAAUUAAAAAAGAGAUUGGACCAUUUCAAACAAUGGUUACUGUCAAUUUCAAAGAAUCAAAAGAGGAUGAAGAGAAACGUUCAAGAUGGGAUUGGUUCGGAUACGUCGAGUGUUUACCAAAAGGGAUAUUUGAUUUAUUGGUAGAUGAUAAUGUAUUUAUAGAAUCUAAAGUGUUGUUGCAUAGAAUGGUACAAACUGCAAUCAUGGUCGUUGGAGAUGUAAAUAUCAUUCAAAACCUAUUUAAAAGAUACCAUCUUUUAAACAUUCAAUCAUUGUUUUUACAACAACAAGAAAAAGACAAUCAACAACAGUCUCUUCUAGACAAAAUGUUUGAUGAAAAGAAUGAUCUAGAAUUGAUAGAGAUUUGUCAACUUGUUAAAAGGUUAAAUCUAAAAGUAGAUGGUGUGGAAUCGGUCAUUUUACAAGCACUGAAACAAGACCGCUAUAAAGUCAUUCAAUUCAUGGACCGUUUUUGUAAAUAUUCUUAUCGAGAGGUACUCGUAGAGAACGCGGCUAUCAGAGAGAAUGCUAGAAAGAGUGAAAUCUAUACUCGUCAUUCAAAUGGACAAAGCUACCAAUUAAUGGACAAGAUCAAAAAGAAUGGUACAGACCUUGAUUUUAUUCAAUAUGUUUAUCAGAGAAAAAACAACCACAAUGACUAUCUCAUAUUUCAACUAGAAAGAUGGGUCAUUUCAAAAGCAUUGGUCAAUGGUGAAGAGGAUGUUAUCAAAUUUGCACUAAACAACAAUCAAAGGAAAAAGAAUGAUAUAUUUGAUCAAAUACUUGAUCUUUAUAUACAUCCAGUAUUUUGUUCGCGUCACUAUAUUGAUAUUUUUUCAAAUCUAAAAGUUGCUUCACCACAAAUUAUUAGAUCAACACUCUUGCACGCUCCAAAAGGUAGAAAACUAGAUGAACUAGAAUAUCUUUUAACAACUCAAAUGGCCAACAAACUUUUUAUUGAUUUGGCAGAUUCAAUUGCAGCAAUCAUUGAAUUGGGUGAUGAUAUGACAUCCCAUAUGAUCAGUCGAUUCGAAGAUUAUGUAUUUCAAAAUCCAAUAGUAUUUCAAACUCGAAUGGAUUCAAUUAAAAAGUAUACCUGUCAAGAGUAUCCACAAAGACAAAGAUUUAUAUUGGAAUUGGAAAGGAUACUCAAAACACCACACUUGCCUAAUAUUGGUGAUGAAGAUUUUGGUGACUGGAUUCUCCCACCGUCACUUGUGCUUUGUCUUUCAAGAAUGGCUCAAUAUCAAACUCAAACCUAUUUUUUCCUUUGUAGUGCUGCAAUGUCAAAUAACUUUGUCCUCUACAAACAAGCUUAUGACAUACUUUCAAUGGUUUAUCUCAAUCCCAAUGAUCAAUUGAUUGAAAUCCUUGCAAUGAUUAUCAAUGCUUGUCAUUAUGAAUUUGCAAAAGAAUUCUUAAAUUUCCAUUCAUUAUUAUUGGAAGAAACUUCAAUCAAUCAAUUUAAAAAUUCAAUCAAUACUUUUUUCAAAUUAUAUUUUAAAAUUAAAAAAGAAAAAGAAGAUUAUAGAUAUCAACAACUUGCUGAUGAUAUUUUAAAAGUAGUACCAGAAUAUAUUAGAUCUGAAAUAAUCUAUUAUGCAACUGAAUUGAAAGAUGAUCAAUUUAAUUCAAUUUGGAUUCAAUAUUCAAAUGAUUUGGAUUUAAAUGAAUGGUUAUCAAAUCCAUCAAAACAUUACAAACAAUUAAAAUAUGAUCAAAAUUUUUUUAAUCAUUUACAAAGAAUUUAUAGAUAUUUUAGACAAGAUCAAUUAGAUAAAUAUCAAUCAAUUAUAAAUAGAUUAAACGCGCCUCCAUUACAUUUAGAAUAUAUUGGAAUAUUAAAUCAAUGUUUAGAUAAAUAUUAUUUCAACUCUACAAACAACAACAAUUUCAACAAAGAUAAUAAUAAUAAUAAUAGUAUAGUUAAUAAUUAUACUUUAAAAGAAUAUAAUCAUUUUAUUGAUAAAGCAUUAGAAAUUGGUUUCAUCCCUAUUCAUUUUAAAAAAUAA